UCCGGAUCAUUCUGCAUAUUGCAGUGUACAGUCUAGCUUGUAACUGUCUUCUGUGUAUACGCUUAACGUUAUAUUAUUUCUUAUAAACAUGUCCCGGGGUUCCAGCGCAGGUUUUGACCGUCACAUUACAAUUUUUUCUCCAGAGGGAAGACUUUAUCAAGUAGAAUAUGCGUUUAAGGCCAUAAAUCAAGGUGGUCUGACAUCAGUCGCUGUUAGGGGGAAGGACUGCGCAAUAGUCGUCACACAGAAAAAAGUCCCAGAUAAGCUUCUGGAUGCCUCCACUGUUACUCAUUUAUUCAGAAUCACGGAGAACAUCGGCUGCGUCAUGUCAGGAAUGACAGCUGACAGCAGGUCCCAAGUGCAGCGAGCUCGCUAUGAGGCUGCUAACUGGAAGUACAAGUAUGGCUAUGAGAUUCCAGUAGACAUGCUUUGUAAAAGGAUCGCUGACAUCUCUCAGGUUUACACACAAAAUGCAGAGAUGAGGCCACUUGGCUGCUGCAUGAUUGUAAUUGGUCUGGAUGAGGAGUUGGGGCCACAAGUAUAUAAAUGUGACCCAGCAGGUUAUUACUGUGGAUUCAAGGCUACGGCUGCAGGUGUAAAACAGACAGAGGCUACAAGCUUCCUGGAGAAAAAAGUGAAGAAGAAACUUGAUUGGACCUUUGCGCAGACAGUUGAGACGGCAAUCACCUGCUUAACAACUGUGCUAGCGAUUGAUUUCAAGCCGUCUGAGUUGGAGGUAGGCGUAAUAACAGCAGAGGAUCCGAAAUUCAGGAUUUUGUCAGAGGCAGAGGUGGACACUCACUUAGUCUCUCUGUCUGAUAGGGACUGAUGUCUCCAGUGUUCCACUCAGGAAGUCCUGGGAUAUGUAGAAUUCCAGUCUGAGCCCUUGUUCUCAUGUAAAUUUCCCCUGUUCCAUUAAAUACAUUUUGGAAAAAAUA